CUUUACCUGUAGUGAGUUCAGGUCGAUCUGCUUGCCAGUCUUGUCGAAAUCUGUUCCUUCGAUCUAUUUGCGCACCGGCAGAACGCUCUGAUUGGCUGCAGGGGGAAAACCAACUCUGUCAGCCCACCCACCGCUGAUUAUAGGGACUCUUGCAGACUCAGUUUCCUUCCUUGCAUUGAGUCUGGGACCUGGCCCGGGGUCUGAACGGCACACACAGAGCGCGCAUCAUGGCAGCUACCCACAGCGAGUACAGAGGCUACCUGCGGAACCCGGUCGAAAUGGAGGCAGGGCAACAUCGCUUCCACCCGGUACAGCACUCGGAGCCCACUUACCGGCCGCUCCUAUUCGGGACCCUCGCUGUUAUGGGAUUGCUUCAGGUGGCUUCCAGCGUGGCGAUCUUAUUACACCUCACUGGUUACCUGCAAGAGGUAGAUUUGUCUACAGCCCCACAUCGGCCCAUAGAGGAAGUGCAGACAGAGCCGGUGCUGAACGCUCUGAGAGACACGAGGAAAAAAGGACGAUGCAAAACUCCAAAAGAGAGCCUGCCAUCCGCUCAUCUACCAAUCAGAGCGCAUCAAGAGUACUCGAAGAAGGGCGAGCCAAAAGCCAUCACCAUUGACUGGGAUGAGGAGCACGGAUACCGCCAGAGGAUGGGCUAUCAGAAGGGAAAACUGCUGGUGAUGGAGUCUGGUUUCUACUAUAUUUAUGCUAAGACCUGUUUCCGCUACUACAAGUACAUACCAGAGGACAGCAGUCAGACCGGGGUCCCACCAGUGGAUGUUAGCAACACCCAACUCAUCCAGUACGUCUACCACGAGAGCAUCAAACAGAACAGCAAAGCUGCAGUGUUGAUGAAGACGGGCAGCACCAUGCGAUGGAACAACACAAGCUAUAACAUGUACUGUGCCCAGCAAGGACGAGGAGUCCGGCUGGAUGAGGGAGACACCUUGUUUGUCAAUGUGUCCAAUGCUUGGAUGUUGGACCCAGAGGGAGAAGGGACGUAUUUUGGGGCCAUAAAGUUGGGUAACUGAAAUUUGAAUAUGUGGGGAGCGGACAUGCUACUGAACAUUAAUGCCAAAGAACCACUUAUUUGUAAUGGUUAUUUGUCAAAAACAGUUGUUGUGUUUUUUUGUUUUUUUCUACAUGUGUUGUUUUUUUUUAUUAAUUGCUCCUCCCCAAAUAACCUUGGGGUUGCUUAUGAGAAAAACUUGUCUUGCCAAUCAGUCCAACAUAACCACACACAGCUGUCAACUUUAGGCUUAAAUAGGCAGGGGCCGGCACGAGAUUGUGGCUGUAUGGUAACCAUAAGAAAAAAUAUCAUGGUUUUACGUUAUGACGGAUUGUGAUUACAGCUCUAAAAGGAAAAAAAUAAAGACAGACAUGUUAGUUUAACCUGAAUAUGCACUGCAUAUGUGACAGUGUGGGGGGUCGUGGUACUGUACGCUGCAGCUGCACCACCUGAGGGAAUUUCUGACCAGCACUUUCUGUCUUUAACCAGACAAAAAACAGCUCAUACCUUUCUGUAUGACAGAAAAUUUGGCGGUUUCGGUUAUCGUGACUUUUUCAAAUCGCUGUAUACCUUGAACACGGUUAUCAUCCCAUGCCUAUCCAGAAUAGCACUGGAUUUCCUUUUGGUAUUGUGGUUUAUAUUUGAAAUAUUGAAUACAGAUUACAACAUUCAGGAUUUCAGUAUAGAAAUGUGUGUAUGCACUAAUUAAGUGAGUCUCCCAGACCUUCCUCUGAACCACGACAGUGAAUGCAUAAAUGUUUUUGUUCUUGAAAGGCAAUGGUCCUUCAGUCGGUAGCUCAUCACAGUAUCAUUCGCAAUUCUCUGUUAGAUUGUGAUUUAUUUCACCCUCAAAAUCUCUAAGGGACACUGAAACACCAACGUUUCAAUUUGACUCUGACAAUGUUUAUUCAAACAAAAUAGCCAGUUAAAAAAAGAAGGUCAUGUGUGUGCUCCAAAAACUCAUUUGUUAUUCAGUUUUCUGUCUUGAGUGGCCUGCUUAAUUGAAGACAAUUACACAGCAGUGUCAUUAUUAGGUGGGAAAUGACAUCGAUGUUCAUGACAAAUUAACAACAAAGGAGAUGGCGGGACUGUCUGACCUUUUAUUAACACAAAAAGACUCUUUACACUUCUUUAACUAGAUGAGCCAACUGGUUUUUGGUUCAUCUGUAACUUAAACUUUGUUUUUCAUUUGGCUCUCCAGGGAGUUAAAUGGGGAAUAUGCACUAAAUAUUUAUUUAUUAGCUAUAGAAAUACAGAGACAGGUCACUGUUACAUUGACCUUUCGCCUGUAAAUAUCAAUUAUAUGUUAUGUCUUAUGUCAUUAUGCAGCACUUAGGAAAUAGUAGACACGCUUUUGUUAUUAAAACACAGGGGCUUUUAAAUUGCAUAUUUAUCAUGGUUUUGACAAUUCUGUGUGCACUUGCAUAGCUGAAAGCAAUAUGGAUUAGCAUCUGAUUCCAUUUGAUAAUUUUUUUCCCCCCAUUCAGUGUUCUUUUUAUUUAUGUUGUGUUUUAAUAAAGAAAAUACUUUUGUAACAG